AUGGCCAUGUCCGACGCCGAUGUGAUCAUCCUGAUGACCGACGUGGCCGAUGGCGUAACACCCACUGAUGCCAUUGCGGCCAACCGCCUGAGGACCACUGACAAGCCUGUGGUGCUUGCAGUAAACAAGGUCGAUAACGACAACCGGGAACUCAAUACUCCGGAAUUCUACCAACUGGGAAUGGGCGACCCGUCACCGGUAAGUGCCUAUCACAACUACGGCAUAUACGAACUAAUGCAACGAGUCCUGUCCCAUCUGCCACCCAUCGAGACUCAGGACGACGGGAUCGUAGACGAGUGGGACGAAUUCGGAGAAGAGGACGAACCACCGGCCCUGAAUGAGCUGGAGGACGCUCCCCCGCAGGCCGAAUUGAACCUGGCAAUUGUUGGUCGUACCAAUGUGGGUAAGUCAGCCAUACUGAACGCCAUCCUGGGACAGGAACGCUCAAUCGUCAGCCCGAUCGCCGGUACGACCCGAGAUGCCAUCGACACGCAGUUCACCUACCGGGCUCGCGAGAUAGUGGCGAUCGAUACGGCAGGAAUGCGACGUCGCGGGCAGGUGGAACGCGGCAUCGAGAAGUACAGUGUGAUACGCGCGGUCGGAGCGGUCGAUCGCAGCGACAUCUCCCUUAUAGUAAUGGGGCGCGGUGUAAUCGUGGUGGUCAACAAAUGGGACCUUCGGGAGGAUCAAGACCGCUAUGCUCGGGCCGAGGCGGAAGCGGAGGUGCGGGAACGUCUGCACUUUAUGUCAUACGUUCCGGUGUGCUUCACAUCUGCCCUGCUGCGGCGAGGUAUCGGAGGCCUGAUGGACACGGCGAUGGAUCUCUGGGACGAACGCCGACGCAUUGUGGCCAACCGCGACCUCCAGUUCAUGCUCGCCGACGCGAUGUCAGAGCACAACCCUCCUUUGGUCAAGCGAAACAGGGGGGUGCACGCGCGAAUCAACCGCAUACGCCAAGUCGGGAUAAACCCGCCCACAUUCCUGUUCACCGUCAACAGUCCCAGGUUGAUACACUACACCUAUAAGCGCUACCUUGAGAACCGCAUCCGGGAUGCCUUUGGCUUUGACCGCACUCAUCUGAGGCUGUGGUUGCCUUUGCCCUACCUUACGGGUUCGCUGUCCUGGGGAUACAUGCUGCUGCGCUGGCGGUUGGGCAUGGACGUCCGGGACUUUGGCAGUGGCCGCACCGGGAUGUCCAACGUACUCCCGCACGGGCGGUGGCAAAGCGGCCGCCGUAGUGCUGGCACUGGACGAGAGGUUGUGGCCGCGCUGAUUGCGCUGGUGGGUCACAACUGGCCGGUGUUCCUCGGGUUCCGGGGUGGCCGGGGAAUUCUCACCGCUCUGGGCGGGCUGUCGAUGAUGACCCCCGUGCCCGCUGUGGUGGCAACGGUUAUCUUCCUGUUGACUGUCUUCGGAAGCCGCUACAUUUCGCUGGGGUCUAUCGUUGGCGUGCUCGCGGGCGCGGCCACUCUCAUCGGGCUGGCGCUGGUUGGCUGGUAUUCGAGCACAUACAUACUCUUCGCCGGUGUCGCUGCCAUCAUGAUCAUCUGGCAGCACCGCGACAACAUCCAGCGCCUAAUUCACGGCAAAGAACGGCGUAUGGGCGCUCCGGCCACUCCGCUGGAAUAA